GAUAUCUGGGUGGUUUAGGUUAGCAAGAAACUACUGCGAGGUGUGCAAAAUUACUUGUGACACUUCUGCCAUUCUACAGAUUCAUAGUGAAUCUCCACGUCAUCUCGCUAUGGUGGACAAGCAGCGUGCGAUGACUUAUCAAAAUCAGCAACUUGCUAUCGGUAAUGCAGAUAGCAGGGAAUAUCAUUUUGACGGGCAGAAGGGAUAUUGCAAUAUCUGCCGGAUUGCACUUACUUCGAGCUCUCAUGCAGAUGAUCAUUUGAGUGGCAAAAAACACAUGAAGAGAAAAAAGCAGACAAAUAUUUUAUUUAAAGGUUUUCCUCGCAUCAAACGUUGGCCUUGGUCAGCUUUUUCCUUGCCAGCUUCUUCAGAAGAAGUACAAGAUGGAAUUAGGUCAAUACAGCAAGAGACCGGAGAAUAUCACAUUGAUGGACAGAAGGGAUACUGCCUCACUCGAUAUCAAAGUCCAUUGGGCACUAAGCAUCAUCAACAAAAUAAUCCAAUCCAACGAACACUCGAACUAUGUGACUUACCAGGACAAAGUAAUCGAGGUUUUGAUUUUGACCCAAGAUUUGGACGUGCCCAAUGUACUGUCUGUUCUAUUGAACUGACAUCUGCACAGCAUAUGCAGCAGCAUUCGACGGGAAAGAAACAUCUCAAUGCAUUGCAAGUACAAAAUGAAUUGCAGCAGGGACACCGAGAUAAUUUCAUGACGUGUUUGGUGUGUAAGGUCACAUUUACGGGUCCGGAGAGUCGCCAACAGCAUAUGGAGAGUGAACGACAUUUAAAGAAAGUUCUGGCACAAGAGACGAAGGAAUGUUAUUGUGAUGUUUGCAAAAUUCCAUGUUCAGGUGCUGAUAGUUAUCAGCAACAUCUUGAAGGGGCCAGACACAGAAAAAUGGCUGGUACUGAUCUAGUAUGUCUUGCAUCACCAGAAAAUGCUAUAGACAGGACAAUCUGGCAUACCUGUCCAAUCUGCUUUACAAAAACAAACACAGAGUACCACUUAAGAGUACACAUCAGUGCAAAGCACCCUGGACAUAAAUUAGCAUUCCAAAGGCAGCUUCUUGGCGCCACUGACAGUCCUCCUGCAAGUCCUCCUGCAAAACGUGCCAGGAUUCAGCCGACCGUGCCUAUACUACAGGACCUGGUAAUACCUUCCACUCCAAAGAGGAGGAGUAAUAAAAAGGGUUAUCCAUCUGGGCUUGAAGUGCUUAGGACCAAGAUGUUUGGUGAAAAGCCGAAAGAUAGCGAUUCCGUUUUACACAACCCAUAUUCAGCAAAUUUCCCAUACUACUGUCACACUUGCAAGAGCCCUAUGAACACAAGGGAGGCGUAUUUGAGCCACAUUAAUGGGAGUAGACACAAACAAAAGGUUUGCACUGAGCCUGCUCCUAUCAGAGAGCACUUACAUGGUAUUGACAUCUCAUCCAGAUACAUCCCAUAUACGUUAACAAAGCCCCGGAACUACCAGUUUGAACUGUACGAAAAGGCCAUGGAAAGGAAUGCAUUGGUGUUUUUGCCAACUGGAACUGGGAAGACGCUGGUUUCUGUCAUGACGAUAAGCGCGAUGCUGAAGAAGUAUCCAACCCGGAACAUUCUCUUCCUUGUCGACAAAGUUCUCCUUGUCAUGCAGCAGUCUCAAUACAUACAACAGCAGCUUGGGGACAAGAAAUUCAAAAGGUUCAAUGAUGAGACUGAGCAGACGACAGACUUAGUGCGCCGUAAGAUCCGUGUAGCAGCACUCUGCAUGGGUCAGCAGGCAACACAUGGUAUCCCACUGUGGAAACACGACAUUGUUGUCGUUACUGCCGGGUUUUGUAAAAACAUCCUUGAAAAAAGAAUAAUUCGUUGGGAGGACUUCAGCUUGAUUGUCGUUGACGAAGUACACCACUGUGAAAAAGCGCACCCAUACAACGUCAUUCUGAGCAAAUACCACCUAAACCGAACUCCAGAGCGCUUUCGUCCAACAGCUCUCGGUCUCACCGCAUCUCCCGCUGGAAAGGCAAGUGUUCAAGCUACAGUGGACAUGUUAAAUGUUCUCAUCGCAAACAUGGGUGGGGCAAAACUGUGUAUCGUAGAAAAUCCCGAGUGUGAGAGCACGUUGGAGCAGUUCCAGUCAAACGCCAAUCUAGACAUCAGAACACCAUCGGACUCUAGUACGUACACGUCGUACGCCUUCGAGAACACAUUCAAAACCGAACUUAAUGUGUACAUUACGUAUUGUGUUCUGACGUUGGCAGUCAUUUCGAACAUUUCAGAGUAUGUUAAUAUCAGACCAGAGAUGACAAGUUACAUGCGAGAUAGCAAUGUAAGAAUGAUUGCAGACAAUUUUGUGGAAGAAGAACUUGAUACUAUUGAAAUGUGCUUAUCUUCAAUCGAGACAAUAAGCAACGAAGGAGAUGAAUUGGAGUUGUCUAUGAUCACGAGGCAUGUGCAAGGCGUAUGUAUGGCAAGAAGCAGUGUUAUCGACGGUGGUGUAUUUUGUGCCAUACAAGAGUUAGCAGAUCUUGAAGACGUAGGGUUUGAUUUUGCACGUAGUGUUCAUCUGCCAACAGAUGCUCUUCAACGGUUGAUCGAGGCUUACCACGCAAACUCCCUCGGAUCAAUCUCGGCCUCGCCAUUUGGAAUACCUGAUCCCACCGCCCCAGCAGAUCAUCAUGUCCAGAACCUAAUCAACGAGCUGACCACGACUGACAGACGUGGGCAAGGUAUAUCGUUGGUCCUCGUCAAACAGCGGGCCACAGCCCAUGAUCUUGCUGGUAUCCUACAGGACUCGCCUCAGUUACAGAGGGCCGGUUUACGUACAACGACGAUGGUUGGACACGGUGAUGGGUCGGCCGGGUCGGCUGGUGGAAUGUCGGUGAGAGCUCAAAGAAAUGUCCUCGAGGACAUCAAGCGAGGAAAGUACCAGGUUGUGGUUGCUACGUCAGUUGCCGAGGAGGGCGUUGAUUGGCCGGAAUGUGAGCGCGUGAUCACCAUGUAUCCACCCUCCACUGUCACCGCUCUCAUCCAGAUGCGGGGUAGGGCGAGGCGCAAGGACAGCAAGUUCAUCGUGUUAUGUGACAGCGUGCAGGAGAAGGAGAAAAUACUAGACAUAAUGGAGCGAGAACAGAACAUGAUUGAAGCUACCAAGUGGGUUGUUCAGUUUCAAAGUGAUGACGACUUGUAAACACAUGUUUGUGACUUUUGUACAUUGAUUGUGAUUGUGAUUUUUGAACAUUGAUUUGGUUUGUAUUGUUACCCUUGUGUUAUUAUUGAUUACAGCUUAUGUUAAAGCUGCACUCUCACAGAUUGACAGUUUUGACAUUUUCAUUUUUUGUUUCAGAAUCAGCUGAAUUUGGCAUCAAUGCAUUUAAUUUAGGCAUAUAAGUUACCUCACAAUAGAAUAGCUGUGAAUUGUUGGAAAACACGGCCGACAUAUUAGUUCUCUUAAAGUGACUCGCCCAUGUUUUGGGAUCAUUAUUUUUUAACGGUAAUGCAUCUGCGAACACUAAUAUUAUACUUAUUUUACUCGUUGAUAACUCGUAAAUGGCAGAAAAAAAUAUAAAGUUUAAAAAGAAUAUCUUGUUUAAUGUAGGAUAGAACCCACGCUUAUACAUUCAAGAAAAAGGUAGAAAACUGAUAACCACUCGGCCACAGGGACUCGACAAUAAUACAUAUUGUUAACUUUCAUUAAAUAUCAUGAAAGCAUCACGUGAUAAUUUCAAUCAACCAAUCACGAUAUAGCUUUUCAGUGAAAUGCGUUAGAAACGGUUUUGGAAAUCGUGGACUUCAAAAAGAUUAUUUGAAAGUAUAUCAGCAUUUGUUGAAGGGUUUCAUAUGUCAGUAUCCUAGUUUUAACACUCCUGAUGAUUUGCCAUACUUUAUUACAUCAUACAAAAAAGUGCAUUUUACAAAAUAUGAGUCCCUUUAAAGCGUCAUUAACGUUUUUAGUUAUAAAGCAUCAAAUUUCUACCAUAAGUAUGAAAUAAUUCGAUCUAAUUUAUAGUCGCCCUUCUUAUAUAACUGGUUUCCAGACAUUCACGCAUUCCAAGACGAAAACAAAUAAUUAAAAAAACACCUGUCAAAACGGCCAAUCUAUGCGAGUGCAGCUUUAAAAGAUUUGGUUUUGGGAUAGUACUUUGUGAUGUCUUGUUUUGUUAAACUUUUUUGUCAAGUCUGUAUAUACCCUGUUAUUUUGAUGUUCUACCAUGUUGCUAAAUUGCCGGUUUUUAUGUAGUAAUAUAUAUGAAUACAAAACAGGCCCUGCUGUAUUCAAGGCAAGUAAAACAUAUUCACAAUCAGUUUUAAUAAAUGCUAGGUGCUUAUUCUUAUUUUUUAUAGCAUUCAACACAAUACAAGCUGUGCUCGUAUUGAAUUCUUGCCUUAUUGAGUUUAAACAUAUUUGUUUGUAUAAUAUUAUUUCAUCGCUUGUAUUUUCGAAUUGAUUAUUUAACUGAAUGAGGAAGUGUUAUCUCUAUCUGCAUGUGUCGACUAUUGGUUUGUUUGUAGCCUUGAAUUUAAACGUUCAUGUGUGCAUCUCAUCUUUGGAAUGUGUGUGUUUUUGUGGUAUUUGAACGUUUGUGCCUCUCCUCAGCGCCAAUUUAAUCCCCUAACACCUCAGCGCCAAUUUAAUCCCCUAACACCUCAGCGCCAAUUUAAUCCCCUAACACCUCAGCGCCAAUUUAAUCCCCUAACACCUCAGCGCCAAUUUAAUCCCCUAACACCUCAGCGCCAAUUUAAUCCCCUAACACCUCAGCACCAAUUUAAUCCCCUAACACCUCAGCGCCAAUUUAAUCCCCUAACACCUCAGCACCAAUUUAAUCCCCUAACACCUCAGCGCCAAUUUAAUCCCCUAACACCUCAGCGCCAAUUUAAUCCCCUAACACCUCAGCGCCAAUUUAAUCCCCUAACACCUCAGCGCCAAUUUAAUCCCCUAACAGUGUGCUUCUUAACAGGGUAAAUAUUUGAAUUCUUGACAACUUGGCUUGUAUACUUGUGUCAUAUUUACGGCAAUCAUUUAUCAUCAUUGGUGCAAAGGCAUUCCACAAGCGCACGGUUAAGUAACAGUCUGGCGGCGGUCGUAGUUACAGUCUGGUGGCUGUCGUUAGUAACAGUCUGACGACGGUCGUAAGUAACAGUCUGGCAGCGGUCGUACAGUCUGACGGCGGUCGUAUGUUACAGUCUGGUGGCGGUCGUACAGUAUAACGGCGGUCGUAAGUUACAGUCUGGCGGCGGUCGUUGUAACAGUCUGGCGGCAGUCGUUAGUAACAGUCUGACGACGGUCGUAAGUAACAGUCUGGCGGCUUUCGUAAAUUACCGUCUGGCGGCGGUCGUAAGUAACAGUCUGGCAGCGGUCGUACAGUCUGACGGCGGUCGUAAGUAACAGUCUGGUGGCGGUCGUAAGAAACAGUCUGACGGCGGUCGUUGGUAACAAUCUGGCGGCGGUCGUAAGUAACAGUCAGGUUGCGGUCGUAAGAAAAAGUCUGACGGCGGUUGUUGGUAACAAUCAGGCGGCGGUCGUAAGUAACAAUCUGGCGGCGGUCGUAAGUAACAGUCUGGUGGCGGUCGUAAGAAACAGUCUGACGACGGUCGUUGGUAACAGUCUGACAGCGGUCGUAAGUAACAGUCUGGCGGCGGUCGUAAAUUACCGUCUGACGGCGGUCGUAAGUAACAGUCUGACGGCGGCCGAUGUCGAUUUUGUGGAUUGUGUGUUUUAUGCUACUUUAAGAUUGAAACCAGAAUACUAAAAACUGUCGAAAUUCAUUUUGUCCGCCAUUUAUGAAGAAAUAUAACCAGAACAAGUCUACAUAUAUGUACCUUUUCUCUGUACAUAUUCUUAUUAAUGUAAUCAUCAGAUAUGUGCUUACUGUUAGUUGUUUUUAAAGCUGCACUCCGUCACAGAUUGACAUUUUUAUUUUAUUUUUGUUUCAGAAUAAGCUCAUUUUGGCAUCACUGAUACAAUUCAGUUAUAUUAGAUAAAUCACAAUAGAAAUGACCAUUUUUUAGAAAAAAUACCGAACUUAUUUUCUUUUAGCGUAAGUAACGCUUUUAGCCACAAAACAUCAAUUUUCUGACAUAUUUAUGAAAAAUUUCGAUCUAACAUUUUGUCACUUGUCUUUUAUAACUUGUUGUCAGCCAUUUACAUAAUAAUUGGCUCAUUCCAAGGCAACAUAUAUAACAAGUUGUCAAACCGGUCAAUCUGUGAGUGCAGCUUUAGGUAAACAUUGCAAUAGAUUUGUAUAUGGUUUGUUUUGUUUGUUUCAAGUGUCACGCUUAUGCGAUUAAACUAACUGAUAAAAAGCUAAUGCAAUCUAUACACUACGAUUUAUAUCUUGUGUUCUAGCUUCUUUUUUGACGCCCAAUAAGGCCGCGUAUUGAGAGUUAAGAAUACAGGUAUGUUAUUGCUCUUGAAAUUAGGCUUCCAAAUGUGUUUAAUGGGCAUGGACACAAUUUCUUUCGAUUUAUAAUAGUUUUUCUUUUCGUGAAUAAGAUAAAGUAGUGUUUAAAAAUGUUUUACUGGACAUGCUGGUUAUCUUUCCUGCAAAGAUUACCAUGCCUGAUGCAGAAUGUGUACUGCAUUUCCAAACUGGUCUUUAAAGCUGCAAUCUCACAGAUUGGUCAUUUAAACAACUUUUUCAUUUUUGUCUUGGAAGCAACUUCUUGCGUAAAAAUCUGCAAAUCGUCAUUUAAACAACCUUUUCAUUUAUUGUCCUGGAAAGAGCAACUUCUUGCGUAAAUAUCUGCAAACCACUGAUAUAAGUUUGCUGACAAAAAAAAUCAGAUCGUAGAUUUUCAUAUUUCCGUUCGAAAGUAAUGUUUUAUGGCUUAAGAAAAAAACGUUUAAAAAAAUGCUUAAAACAUCAUUUUUUGAGUUUAAAUAUAAAAUAUCUACGAUCUGAUUUUUUGUCAGCAGUCGUAUAUAACUGGUUAAAAUGGAUUUUUGCAAAAUUUGCUCGUUCCAAGACAAAAAAUAUAAAAGUUAUCAAAACAUUCAAUCUGUGAGAGUGCAGCUUUAACGUGUUUAAUUGUAUUUCAUACGUCAUGCAUUUAGUUAAAGAGACAACAACUCGUAAGUGAUGUAAGUGUCGGCCUGUCCUUGUUUCGUGUUUGUUAAAAAAAUCAUUAAAAAACUAAAUUUCAACAAAAUUUAAAACAAUCCUUGCCAACAUAUAUUCUUUGAGUCACUAGUUCAUAAAUUAGGUUUUAUGACAAUUAAAAUCGAAACCAGCUGGAAUUUCCAAGCAAGUUUGCAGAAAAUUUCGAAGAUUUCGUUUUAAUUAGCUAAACACCAAUAUCAGUUUUAAAGGCCUAGUUUAAUCCUGCUGUAGGUGACCCCCCCCCCCCCCCCAAAAAAAAAAAUCAAAAAAAAAUCGUGUAUAGUACACAACUUCUGUGUAUUGAUCUUAAUCUAAUUGCAUAAUUGUCUGAGUAAUUUGUUGAGCAGUUUUCGAGGUUUUAUUAAAGAAAUAGACCAUAAAUGGCUCUGAGCCAAUUAAACAUAUACACAGGAAAUUGGCCCCUACUGUGACACCAGUGCAAAUGCCAAACAUUCCUUAAACUAGGCCUUUAAGCACUCUCAUGUUAUAACUGUUUCGGAACUGUUUUUGUUGACGCUUAAUAAAAAUCGAUUUUA